AACCUUUACUCUCCGAUUGAGCUUGUGUGCUUUCUUGUUUGUUUGUUUUUUUUAAAACCCAUCCAAUAGUAACUCAUAUUCUUUGCAGCUAACAGAGAGCCUGUUUUGCUGGCUUUGUUUUGUUACUUGUCAAGCAAGUUGUUAUACUCGAAGGACGUCGGUUGUUGGUUCAUCAUAUCCUUCAAACUCACUCGUGUACGUCUAGUAUUUUAUCAUCGUUGCUUAAUCUCAUUCACGUAGAAGGGAAAUCGCAGGGAUCUCCCACAAAAUAGAAGAAUGGCGAACCAGUUUCUAGUGACCAUGUGCGCGGUCGUGUUCAUCGCUGGGGGAGUGCGGAGCGCUGCCCUGAUGAUGAACAUGCCACAAAUCAGCAAAAUGGAGGUGCAGUGCGCCAAGAGUGGCAUGACCGUCGACGUCGAGUUCGAUCUACCUUUUGACGGCAUCAUUUUCAGCAAAGGACACUUUUCCGAUCCGGCUUGCAGGUACGUGGCAUUAGGUAGCAACCGUUCAAAGUAUUCAUUCGUCAUACCAGCCAAUGGUUGUGGGACUGCUCUUGCGGACGGCGCCCAGUCCAACAUCCUCAUUUUCCAGUCGGAUCCUGUUGUUCAGGAAAUCUGGGAUGUGUCACGAAAGGUGAGCUGCCGCUUUUCAGAGAAAAUCUCCAAGUACGUUACGUGGAGUCCAUUGACAGUUGAAAUGCUCGAUGUGCAAAGUAGCGGCAGAACAGGAGAGGUGGACUGUUGGAUGGAUGUUAUGAAAGGAGUUUAUCCAGCCACAAAGCCAAUUGAUGGGAAUUUGAAAAUUGGAGAAGAAUUGAGCCUCAUUAUUUACCUGCGAGAUGUAUACGGCCUGUACGACAUGGCUGUUCGAGAUUGUUGGGCGUACGAUGACGGUAACAUUGACGUGGAAUCUACUCUGAAGUUGCAGCUCACCUCAACUGAUGGAUGUUCCAAGAAACCUAAACUGAUGCAUUUCUGGCGGCGAACGGAUCAAGUGGGCGACAGCAACGCCACCCUAGUCACCUAUUCCAACAUCACGGCGUUCCGUUUCCCAACAAAGAGCGAGGUCUAUUUUACCUGCAACAUCGACAUCUGUGAGGGUUCGUGUAAUCAGCGAAACUGCGUCGAAGAGGAGUCGCAAAUCAGCGUUGUGACCAAACCGCCAACCACCUUCACAACCAGCCGACCUACCACAACUGUGGCCAUAGUCGUUCAGGCGACAACAGUCGCACCUAUUGCAGAGACAACGACGUCCAGGCGACCGACGGAGCCUUCGGUCGUAGCGACAACCCCGUCUGAUUGCACUACGAAUCCAUUUGAUUACAGAUGCCCAACGACAUCUAGGCCGCCUGUCAGCAUCCCCAAUUGCAUCCUAAGACCCGAUGAUCCAAGAUGCCCCCCAGAGUUAACCCAAAGACCAUGUUUCCCUGGCGCCUCGUACCCUGGAUGCCCACCUCCCCCUACCACUCCUCCUCCUGUAAUCAAACCACCGGUUGUUUGUUUCCCAGGUUCCAACGACCCCAGAUGUCCUACGACCACCAGUCGGCCACCGGUUGUAACGACACUACCUCCUCUACCACCACCACCGUUCACAACAACUGGAUGCUAUCCUGGAUCUCCUGAUCCAGGAUGUGUAACUACCUCCACUCGUGCUCCUUGCUUCCCAGGAUCAAACGAACCGGGAUGUCCAACAACUCCAAGUGUUCCAGACAUCAGCAGUCCAUCACCACCUACCUGCUUCCCAGGAUCCAGUGAUCCCAGAUGUCCUACUGUGAUCCCGCUGAGAACUACGACGUCUCGCCCACUCUGCGUGCCCGGAUUGAACGUCCCUGGAUGCCCGUUGACGACUUCAGCUCCUUUGCCCAGCACUACCACUACGAAAGAGGUGCCCUCCGUUCCCAGUUGUUUCCCAGGAUCGAAAAACCCCGAAUGCCCUACUAUCACUACGACAUCUCCGGCACCUACGCCAUAUACGCCGGACUGUUCUCCGGGAACAAAUGAUCCUAAAUGCCCACCACCGAUAACGAUCGCUACGACGCUGCCUCCACCGGUAUGUUUCCCGGGUUCCAGAGAUCCUAGAUGCCCCGCGACGACACAGCCACCUCCGACCUGUUUCCCUGGAUCAGACGAUCCUCGGUGCCCACCUAUUAUCAGAACUACGACAACUACUCCAGUCCCACCCGUUUCAACGACGCUUCCAACUACUACAACAACAAAGCCGUCACUUCCUUGCGUUCCAGGAUCGGACGAUCCUCGUUGCCCUACUGUAAGAACGACGACCAGUUCUCCUCCACCGUGUUUCCCUGGAUCUAGUGACCCGAGAUGUCCUACUGUAGCAACAACAACAAUCUCUCCUAGUACAACUACGGAAACUUAUCGUUGUAUUCCUGGCUCAAACGAUCCAAAUUGUCCAAGACCCACAUCACUUACAACAACUACAACUACAAUCCUUCCCCCUUUUGUUUGCACGCCCGGAUCCAAUGAUCCACGCUGUCCGACGACAACCGUCCCAACAAUACCACCCCAGGUUUGUCUACCUGGAUCUAAAGACCCACGCUGCCCACAACCCCCACCUAUUUGUACGCCAGGAUCUGAAGACCCACGUUGUCCACAAGUAUCGCCGUCAACAACGUCGACAACAUCGACAACGACGACUGCUCCUCGUCCCAUCUGUACUCCAGGAUCAACCGACCCUCGCUGCCCGACAACCACGACUCUUAUACAGACUACAUCGACCACAACACAGCGACCAUUUGUAUGUACCCCUGGGUCCAAUGAUCCACGUUGUCCAACAACUCUCGCAACUACAGAGCCGCCAUUCAUCUGCACACCCGAAUCAAGGGAUCCGCGGUGCCCAACUAUACCUCCACGGACAACCACAACAACUACAACCACUAGAACAACCCCGGCGGUUAUAACAACAACAACACAACGUCAGCCCAUCUGCAUCCCAGGAUCGAACACUCCAGGAUGUCCAACACCAUCAACAACGACCCAGUUGCCUCCCAGAUGCAUCCCCGGAUCGAACGAUCCCAGCUGUCCGUCAACAGUAGUAACUACAGAGACACCUAAUAAAUGCAUCCCAGGAUCGAACGAUCCACGUUGUCCGGCUACAGCAGAAACCUUUCCGCCUCCGUUUAGAUGUACUCCAGAAUCGAAAGACCCGCGCUGUCUACCAACAACAACGACAACGCAGCGGCCUCCAGUCUGUAUACCAGGGUCAACAGAUCCAAGAUGUCCUACCACUCCUUCUCCCCCGGUUUGUGUUCCAAAUUCCAAUGAUCCACGGUGUCCUGCUACUUCAACCACUGCAAGACCAAGGACUACUACACAGACUGUUACAAAUAUUUCCGUGACCUCAACAACACGGAAGCCAUCGACAGCAGCCUCUGUCGAUGAUCCCGGUAAACCUGGAUGGGAAGGAGCUGAUCCCAGAUACCACGCAUUCCAUUCCUGGUUGUACCAGCCGGCGCCAAGACCAAGAACCAACAAGAUAAAAACUUCGUUGAAGACUGCAAGCAACAUUUAACUUUUAAAUUUCCUUUGAUUACAUAAACUUUCAUUUUAACAUUGUUUAUUCGUCUGUGAACACAUGUAAAUCUUUGCAAGAUUUUUUUUGGUUCAUAACAUGGCUACGGCGGUCAGCCAAUCUUCUUUCGUGUAAGCCAAAUUUUAAAUAAAAAGAUGCGAUAUUUCCGAAACAAA